CACCCAGAGCGAUCCCAUGGCUGAGCAUGGAUAUACAAGAAUCAAGGUAGCAGGCUAAAGGGCAAAAUCCCGUUUCGCCGCGCGUGCCACAAACUUUGACCUUGCCAGGGAGAAACUUGGGCACCACACUGCCUGGACGCCUAUUUAUUUAUCCAUCCUUGGAACAUCUGCAACACCAAAGAGGAAUCCCACCAAAGAAACCAAGAACAGAGCUGAAACAUGGAGACCACGGUCCCCGCGGCGACAGCCACCACCAGCUCGAGCGUCGGCCACGGAGCCGGCGGCGGUGCUGCGAGAGUCCUGCUCCUCCCGUACCCGGGGGCGCAGGGCCACACCAACCCGAUGCUCCAGCUCGGCCGCCGCCUGGCGUACCACGGCCUCCGCCCCACACUCGUCGCCACCCGCUACGUGCUCUCCACCACCCCGCCCCCCGGCGCGCCCUUCGACGUGGCCGCCAUCUCCGACGGCUGCGACGCCGGCGGCAUGGCCUCGUGCCCGGACAUGGCGGAGUACGUCUCGCGGCUGGCGGCCGUGGGCUCCGAGACGCUGCGGGAGCUCCUCCUGUCGGAGGCGCGCGCGGGGCGGCCCGUGCGCGUGCUGGUGUACGACGCUCACCUGGCGUGGGCGCGGCGGGUGGCGCAGGCGUCCGGCGUCGCGGCCGCGGCCUUCUUCUCCCAGCCGUGCGCGGUGGACGUCGUCUACGGGGAGCUGUGGGCGGGGCGGCUGGCGCUGCCGGCGACGGACGGGCGCGCGCUGCUCGCGAGAGGAGCGCUCGGCGUGGAGCUGGGACCGGAGGACAUGCCGCCGUUCGCGGCGGUGCCGGAGUCGCAGCCUGUGUUCCUCAAGGUGUCAGUUGGGCAGUUCGAGGGGCUGGAGGACGCCGACGACGUGCUCGUCAACUCAUUCCGCGACCUCGAGCCAAAGGAGGCAGAGUACAUGGAAUUAACAUGGAGAGCGAAGAUGGUUGGCCCAACCUUGCCAUCAUUCUACCUCGACGAUGAUCGCCUACCAUCGAAUAAAUCAUAUGGUUUUAACUUUUUCAACGGUGAUGCACUGUGCAUGGAUUGGCUAGAGAAGCAAAGCAAUUCAUCCGUUGUGCUGGUGUCCUAUGGGACCGUCUCUAAUUAUGAUGCAACCCAGCUAGAGGAGCUUGGCAAUGGACUGUACAAUUCUGGCAAACCUUUUCUUUGGGUUGUAAGGUCCAACGAGGAACACAAGUUAUCCAAAGAACUCAGGGAAAAAUGUGAGAAGAUUGGAUUAAUUGUCUCAUGGUGUCCCCAACUUGAGGUUCUUGCACAUAGGGCUAUUGGUUGCUUUGUUACCCAUUGUGGAUGGAACUCGACACUAGAGGCACUUGCUAAUGGUGUACCUCUUGUGGGUAUUCCGCAUUGGGCAGACCAACCCACCAUUGCAAAGUAUAUGGAGAGUGCAUGGAGCAUGGGUGUGCGUGUACGGAAGGACAAUAAUGGAUAUCUAAAGAUGGAGGAGGUUGAGAGGUGCAUUAGAGAGAUGAUGGAUGUGGAGAGAAAUGAUAAGUACAAAAGAAAUGCUGUGAAGUGGAUGCAAAAGGUCAAGGAGGCAAUGCGGGAAGGAGGAAGUUCAGACAAGAAUAUCGCUGAAUUCGCUACCAAAUAUUCAUCAAUAUAAAGUUUGAACAAUGUUGUACUUUAAUAUAAGCAAGUAGACAGUGAUUUUGGCCUUAUAAAAGUUUAGAGUGACUGACAUUUUUCAUAUGUAAUUGUAGUGAUAUCUUCUUCAAAUUUAAAAGUAUGUUGGACUUUA